AUUGUUGUAUUGGUGCUACAAACUCAUCUUUAUUGAAUGGAUCAUCAUUCAAUGGUUCAGAAAAAAAGAAACAAAAUGAAGCUGAUUUUAAGGUUUCAAUACAACAAAUCAGGGCUUUUUAUAUAAAUGCGUCUUGUUAAGAACAGACAACAAACACUCCUGUUUUAGCAUUCAAAGCUUAAGGACUAAAACGAACUUGAAAUAUAUAAAUAAAAAAAUAUUAAAACUUAAAAUAUUAUUAAGUGUUUUAAAAAAAAUAUAUAUAAAUAAAAUGAAUAAAUUGAUUGUAUUUGUAACAAUAGUGGCUGGCGUUGCUUUGUGUAAUGCUGCACCAGCUCCACAAAACGAUGGCCAACAACAGGGUUAUACAGAUGCUGCUGGUGUCUAUCAUCAUAUGCCUCAACCUUAUAUGCAUGUUCAUGACAAUCGUGAAUUGGGUAAAUAUGUUCAUAUACCCAAUCCUUAUGAUGGUGGCUAUGGACCUUAUUCGGGCUCUAAUUUGCCCUAUGUGCACGAUGCCAAACCUUAUGUACAUGAUGUCAAACCUUAUGAUCACAGUUUGUACACAACUACAACAACAAAAAAACCAACAACAACCACAAAACGUACCACUACUACCACAACAACAACCACAACUACACCUCGCAGCAUAAUCUUCAACUACGAUGAUGAGGGUCGUCACAAGAUUUUACAUCAAGAAGAUGCUCGCAAACACGAUAAAUAUGAUCAUGCUUACUUAACCGAGAACGGCAUCUAUGGUGAAGAACAAGCUAAAUUGCAUCAUACCGGCGGUACCCAUGCUCAGGGCUAUUACGAAUACACUGGUGACGAUGGUAAACUCUAUCGUGUUAACUACAAGAGUACCCAUGAAGGCUUUGUACCCGAAGGUGAUCACAUUCCUACACCACCACCAAUUCCCGCAGCUAUUGCUCGUGCUCUUAAGUAUGUCGAUGACAAGCGCAAGGAAAAUGGUGAGAAACCUUUGUUCGAUGAACGUGGUUUCCGUAUUGAUCACAUGAGCAAGGAUAUGGUAAAAUCUAUCAAAUCAAUUCAUAUCGAAAAUAUGCCCCAAGAUAUAGCCGAACAAAUUCAUGAAUUACAAUUGGAAAUGGAAGCCAUUUAUGGACCAAAUGAAGAACGUGCUGAAGAAGAAGUGGUAGAAGAAAAUUUUAAUGAUGGAGCUAACUAUGAUGAACAUAACUAUGAAGCAGCAGCCGAAGAAAAUUAUAAAUAAUUUUAAACAUUAACUUUAUUACAAAUGCAUUAAUUGUUUAGUUAGUUUUUAUAUUUGAAAAGAAAUUGUUUAUCAUUAUUAAUCAUUUGACAACAUUUCAAUUUCCUAUUUCCUUUUAUCCCAUUGCUACAUUUAUAUAGUAAUUUUAAAUCCUUACACCUUAUCCCGUUCCCAUCCAACUCAUUUUUUUUAAUUCAUUACAUUUCAUUAAAAUUUUGCCAUUUGUUUAACAAAAGCUUAAUAAUGCUAAAAGGAAAAAAACACAAAAAAGAAUUUAAUGUUAAAAUUAUGUUGACAUAUUUUAAGUUAUUAGUUAUUUAUCGUGAAGAAAACAACAACAAACAACACAUACACUCAAACAUUUUGUUAGGUUUUAAUUUAUUUAAAUAAUAUUAAUUUAAAAACUCAAACAAAUAACAAUCAUUUUUUAAUAAAACAUUAUAAAACAUAAA